AUCAAAAUAACAUUACUGUCUCUCUCACCAUAUUUCAAACGGCGACACGAGUUAAAACGUCGAACGGUCACCCAUUUUCGUAAACAACAAAAACGCCGACAACCACCACGGCGGCGCAAGAGCCACUCCGAUGGACCUAGCAACUAGCAACAACGCUACAAAACUUAAAAUCACCGCGCCGCAAAACUGAAAACCCAUCACCAUGUUUCGUUACAGUCGCAGAGCAUUCCUCUGCCAUAACCCUAACCCUAACCUCACAUUCACAAAACCCUCUCCCAUUCUCAACCUUCUCCUCCAACCCUUUUCAUCCUCUCCCCAAAACCAUACUUUCACACUCAACUACCUCAUUCAAAACCUCGCUUUCUCCCCCGAAACCGCCUCCAAAAUCUCCACCAAAGUUAAUCUCACCAACUCACAAAACCCCGAUUCCGUCCUCGCCUUAUUCAAAUCCCACGGCUUCUCAAAUUCCCAGCUUUCCACUAUCAUCAAAACCUGCCCCAUUCUCCUCACUUACGACCCCAACAAAACCCUUCUCCCCAAACUCAAUUUCCUUCUCCAAAAGGGUGCUUCUACUUCAGACCUCAUCGACAUCAUCACCAAAAACCCAAGGUUCUUAUAUCUCAGCUUGCACAAAUCCAUCACCCCAUUUUAUGAUUUAGUCAAAAGAUUCCUACUUACCGAUGAAUCGACCAUCGCAUCUCUUAAAUUACACGUUUGCUUGAUUUAUUCGAGAACCCCGUCUCGGAAUAUUCAAUUCCUGAUUCAAAAUGGGGUUCCCGAGUCUAAAGUUGGUAUUUUGUAUCGAAAUUGGUAUAUUGUACUCACUCAGAAUCCUCCGGUAUUUGAGAAGGCAGUGAUGGAACUAAUUGAAUUGGGAUUCAACCCCAAAACUACUUUUUUCACUGUCGCAUUGCGAGCUAAGCUUAUGAAACACAGAUGGCAAACCAAGGUUGAUGUCUACAAGAAAUGGGGUUGGUCUGAGGAAGAUAUUGUGUCGGCAUUUUUGAGGUAUCCGUGGUGUAUGAUGGCAUCUGUGGAUAAAAUUGAGGCAGUAAUGAAGUUUUUUGUUGAUCACAUUGGUUGGGAUUCGCGUGUACUUGCGAAAGAUCCCGUACUUAUUAUGAUGAGUUUGGAGAAAAGGGUUAUUCCUCGGGCUUUUGUCUUGAAAUAUCUUGAAUCCAAAGGUUUGGUUAAGGAUACUAAAUUGGUUAGACCCUUCAUUGUUACUGAGGAUGUAUUUUUGAAGAAAUUUGUGAAUUGUUUUAAAGAAGAAGCUUCUUAUUUGUUGAAGCUGUAUGAAGAGAAAAAAGAUGUUUCAAAUAGUGUUUGAGAAACGGUUUGCGAUUGUAAUUUGGGAAGCUACAUCAAUCAUGGCGCAAUUUGACUGCAAUAUAGUACCCGGUUUUGAAGAUAGAGGAGAUAGAUAUGCAAGGGGCUUCUCAUGUAUCUUUGACUUUUUUGGGUUUGAAACAGUGAGUGUCUACUACGUGUAUAAGCUUAUACAAGUCUUUCACUUAUCACCCUGUAUGAUUCGUUCACCGAUUAAAGGGAAAAUCAUAGCCA